UCUCAAAAGGUAAUCACAUGAUGGGACUGCAACCAUCAUAAACGUGAACCGAGGGCGUGCUGCAAUGGUCGUAAAUGUGAAGAAAAAAAACAGUCAUCAGUCACUUUUCUCAGUGUCACGCUAACCUUGAACAGUCACUAAACGAACCGCUGUAAGUCGAGGACUACCUGUAUUUAGUGGUUCAUUUUUUUUUUUAUUCUAAAAAUUUAAAAACCCAGCAGGUAUUAGUGACCACCUUCUCCAUGUCCACGAAGGGCCCUGAUGAUGGCUGAGGACUAUGGGAUUUGUACUCCAGCGUCCUAGGAAAGGGAUCAAGGAAACCCCACGCCCUUCCAGCUAAAUCGAGCCAAGCCCUCCAGCGGUGCGGGAAUGGGCGGAGCCAUCGCGGCGGUACCUGCGCACCACGACCUCCAAUCGGAGCAUCCUGGAAGGCGCACCAGCGAGGGAACCGCCGCCGAGCCUCAUUCCGGAGAGAGCCGGGAACCUUAUCGGCAUCGGCGCGUCAGCGACCCCGGAGCGAGAGCCGACCGGGUCGCCUUUCCGAAGCCGUCCUCUUUGGCCUCGGGCGCCGCGGGACAAGGUCGUUGAGACGCGGUCCUCUCCUUGCGGUCUCUCCAAGGCGAAAGCGUCUCAUCGCCACCGCCCAGCGCGCGCUUUCCUCGGACCGCAGGCGGGCUUGACCGGCGGGCGCCACCAAAGUCUGGAGAAGGUCCCGAGUUCGGCCCGACGGGAAAGGAGAAUCGAGCUCGGAGAAUCCCAGCAGCGUUUCGGAGCAGCGGCUUUCUCGCCUGGAGUUUUGGGGUUUGGGGAAGAUGUUGCUGUCCAGAUCCAGCGGAAAUGGUUUCUGUACCCUUCAGAGAACAUGCUGGUUAAGAGAGAUGACUUGGAGAAACUGUCCUCCCACUUAUUGGGUGCGGCUCCCCUUCUGUGCCCAUAGCACUUGGAACAAUGCUGGCAGCAGGAGGCGCAGGCUGAUGGUAGCAGCGGGAGCAGGCCUGGGUGUGUGCAGCAUCUUGGCUUAUGGAAACCGCCAUUGGCAGGCAGCCACGGAUGAGCCUCCAGCGGGCACACAGAUUGCCUCAUUCCCUUGCUUCACCCGAGAAGAAGUGGCCCGCCAUCAUAAUGAAGCGAAUCGGGUGUGGGUGACUUACGGCAGUGAAGUUUUUGAUGUCACCAAUUUCUUAGAGCUUCACCCUGGGGGCAAAAGCAAGAUUCUUCUAGCAGCAGGCGGAGCUUUGGAACCCUUUUGGGCUCUCUAUGCUAUGCAUAAACAAGAUCAUGUCCAAGAGAUCCUUCAAGAAUAUAAAAUAGGAGAGCUGAGCCCAGAAGAGCCUCCUCUGCCGAGCCCAGAUGACCCUUAUGCCAACGAUCCUCCGCGCCAUCCUGCCCUCCGAGUCAAUACCCUCAAGCCCUUCAAUGCAGAACCUCCUCCAGAGUUACUGGCGGAAUAUUUUUUGACCCCUAAUCAGCUCUUCUUCAAGCGUAACCAUCUCCCAGUGCCAGUUGUGGACCCUGAAGCCUAUCGCCUGUGUAUUCAGAGUCCCUCUGGACGGACCCUGUCCUUAUCUUUGCAAGAUCUGAAACAGAAAUUUCCAAAAUACGAGGUUACCGCCACCAUACAGUGUGCUGGCAAUCGCCGGGCAGAGAUAAACGCCAUCCAGAAUACCAACCGGCUCGGGUGGAGCAUUGGGGCCAUUAGCAAUGCCUGUUGGGGUGGUGCCCGGCUUCGGGAUGUUCUAAUGCAAGCUGGGUAUCAACCAGGGGAUGAAGGCCAUGUCUCCUUUGAGGGCCUGGACAAGGAUCAUAGCGGCACUGUAUAUGGAGCCUCCAUCCCUUUUCAGAAAGCCAUGAAUCCAGAAGUGGGUGUCCUCUUGGCAUAUGAGAUGAACGGGGAGGAGCUGCCUCGAGACCAUGGGUUCCCUCUGAGAGUUAUUGUGCCAGGAGUGGUGGGGGCUCGUAAUGUAAAAUGGCUGGCUCGGAUUACAGUGGGGCCAGAGGAAAGCAAGAGCCACUGGCAGCAAAAGGAUUACAAAGGAUUCUCUUCUUCCGUAACCUGGGAAACAGUGGAUUUCUCCAAGGCACCUGCCAUCCAAGAGAUGCCCAUCCAAUCUGCCAUCACUGAGCCAUCUUCUAAGACCUCUGUCUCUCCUGGAGAGCUCACAGUGAAGGGCUAUGCCUGGAGUGGUGGGGGGCAGAGGGUGAUCCGUGUAGAUGUCUCCCUGGAUGGUGGGAAAAACUGGCAAGAGGCAACGCUAUCUGGUGAGGAGCAGUUGCCUGGCCAAGCUUGGGCUUGGAAGCUUUGGCAGCUGGAUGCUUUUGUGCCUGCUGGAACCAAGGAGUUGAACAUUGUCUGCAAGGCUGUGGACACCAGCUACAAUGUGCAACCUGAACAUGUGAAACCACUCUGGAACAUUUUGGGAGUCCUUAACAAUGCUUGGCAUCAGGUCCGUGUCCCCGUGGAAGAGGAGUGAGAGGCCUGACUGGGCCUAGAAGCAUUGAGGACUGCAUCUUGGCUUCUCUAUAUUUUGCUGCUGCUGCAGGGACAUUAGCCCCUGCCCCUGGAAGAAGCCAAGAAGGGCUGAGUCCUUGAACAGGGGUCUGGUUCUGGUCUCCCUUCCUCAUUUUCUGUGCAAUUCCUGUGAUUGUAGAAUUUGGGGCUAAGGCAAGGGGUGGGGUGGGCAACUAUGGCCUUUUACGACUUGUAGACUUCAACUCCCAGAAUUCCUGAACCAGCCAUGCUGAGUUAGGAAUUCUGGGAAUUGAAGUCUACAAGUUGUGAAGGGAUUAUAGUUGCUCACCUCAGUUUAAGGUGUUUAUUUUCUUCUUCUAAGGGUGUGGUGGUCUCAGAAGUGUUGCUUGCUCUCCUUCACUUAGCUUUCUCCUUAACGGAGAUCCACUUUCCUCAGGUAUUUUGGAUUUGGACUUUUAUACUCUUUAGUAUUAUUUCCGUUGUCAAAGUUCACCAAAUUGUUUGCUGGCUGGAGAUCUUUUUUAGGGUACCCCUCCAAAGAUUUAUUAAUGGUAUUGGAUCACUUGACGCUAAACUAAAUAACCCAUCUUUUUAGGAGCAUAGGCCAUUUUAUAACCUUGCUUUCUCCAUUCAGUGUGAUGCCAACUUUGGCCUUGCCGUAUUUAGUGCCUUCAGCUAUUUUAUGGGAGAACUUGAGGAGUUGAUAUUUCUCUCACAAUUAACACUGAGGAGUAUCGAAACUUAGCAUUUUCGUUAAAAGACCUGGGAGCCUUGCCCCACAUCAGGUCUGCCAGUCACUUCUUGCUGCAUGAAUACGCCACAGCAACUCUUCUUGUAAGCUAUUGUUUUGGGCAGGUUUUGCGGUCACCUAGAACCCGUAAUAUUGGAGUAAGAAACCUGAUAUUCCCAGCUGCUUUGAUCUGCUCUCAAGAAACACAGACUUGCUCAUGCCUGGCUUAGUGGUUUCCCCUCUGUAUUUCAAAUGUUGGUGCUUUGUAACCUUGGUCAACAUACCUUCAUUAACCUUGUUGCUAUAAUUUUAUUUAUUUAGUAAACAACUUUGGACAGCUGUCCAACUCACACAGAGAUAAUUCCAGGUGACUUAACAAGAUUUUUAAAAAUCCACCUUGUAACAAAACCCACCCCACCCCCCAGGGCAGCAACAAGACAAUCAAAUCAGCCAUUUGAUCAUCUCCAUCUUCCAUUUGUGGUUCCCAGGCCUGCUGACAAAGCCACAUUUUUAGGGUUUUUUGGAAAAGCGGCAGGCUGAGGACCACCCAUACCUUUUGGGGGAAUAAUGUUCCACAAAGAAAGGACCACCAGAGAGAAGACCCUUUUUUUUUUGUGAUCCCACUACAUAAUAAUCCUUAAUUGAUGGGACCUCUAAGACGCCCUGCCUUUCUGUUCUGGGUGUAAUUUCUUGGUUUGAUUAGUGCACCUCCAGAUUCUGCUGAAAUAAGAGCUGUUUCUAAUCUCUCGUUCUUACGUAAAAUAGGUUGGUUGUCCCAGAUAAAAAACUGAAUAGGAUUCUUGAGGUCUGCGGAGAAGAGUAGAUUUCAUCAGCUGUUAUCCUCACUAGAAUUCUUUUCUGUCUGGGGACCGACCCUUGUUCUUUAUUUAUAGAGAAGGGCCUGGACCUGCACUUUGAGAAACAUUUUAAAUUAAGUCUCCUGAGCCAGCAGGUUUCACAGAGAGAAUGGAUCAAGAUGAGAGACUGCCACAUAGGGGGAUUCUGUUUUAUGAAAAACAGCCAGGCGAGCAGGGGGGCCUUUGGGCAGAAAAAGUUAACACUUCCUUUGCAUAGCCUCAGCUUCACAGAGGGGCUCAUAUUGCCACACGAGUUGCUGCUCUUGAUGGUAGCAAAUAUUUAAUUUUUCUUCCAGGCCAUGCUGGGAUCCUUUUUCCUACAAAGAAAUCUUCUCUGUGCCAUCUUGACAAUGUUGUAUCUUCCUCUCACCUUUCUUGAUACAGGUAGUCCCCGACUUACGACCAUUCAUUUAAUGACCGUUUGAAGUUACAAUGGCCCUAAAAAAAGCGACUUACGAGCAUUUUUCACACUUAUGGCCGUUGCAGCAUUCCCAUGGUCAUGUGAUCAGAAUUCAGAUGCUUGGCCAUUGCUUCAUAUUUAUGAUGGUUGCAGUGUUCCAGGGUGAUGGGAUCAGCUUUUGCGACCUUCUAACAAGCAAAGUCAAAGGGGAAGCCAGAUUCACUUAACAACCGUGUUACUAACUUAACAACUGCAGGGGUUCACUUAACAACUGUGGCAAGAAAGAUCAUAAAAUGGAGCAAAACUCACUUGAUAGCAGUCUUCCUUCGCAACAGAAAUUUUAGGCUCAAUUGUGGCUGUAAGUCUUUUUUUUUUAUUUGCAUUUAUAUCCCGCCCUUGUCCGAAGACUCAGGGCGGCUUACACUGUGUUAAGCAAUAGUCUUCAUCCAUUUGUAUAUUAUAUAUAAAGUCAACUUUUAUUGCCCCCAACAAUCUGGGUCCUCAUUUCACCUACCUUAUAAAGGAUGGAAGGCUGAGUCAACCUUGGGCCUGGUGGGACUUGAACCUGCAGUAAUUGCAAGCAGCUGUGUUAAUAACAGACUGUCUUAGCAGUCUGAGCCACCAGAGGCCCAAGUCGAAGAUUACCAGCAUAGAUUAGACCCAAUUCAAAUUCAGAAGUGAAUUAUUUAAGGCCCUAGAGCUGGGGGGGGAAAACCCUGCCACCUAAAAAAUAAGUGCCAGAUUAGCUGCUCUGGGAGGCCCGCCUAUAGGUGGAAUGCCACCAAAGAGAAAAUUGUUCCCUGCAUGUGACCCAUUGAUCCUAGCACCUUGAGAGGAAGCUGAACCAUGAUUUUUGCCUAUAGCCAGACUCUUCACCUGUCUGAAAUCCAAGAAACAAGGGUCAGUAUCUCGACACUGAGCACCGAAAUUAUAUCUAGGAAAGGAAAGAAAGCUGUGGACCUUCCUAUAAGGAAGCUAAUGAGCUAAUAAACCAUAAAUGGUGCUAUAUGACUCACGAAGGUAUGAACUGUGUUUUGUAACUCAAUGGCCGGGUUCACAAAACAUUCUAGUUCAGACCCAAAACCAACCACACAACAGCUCAAGGUGUCAUUGGGCCGAGUUCCCUUUCGCUGCCCAACAUUGAAUUUUUGUUACAUAACUCUUUGCUCCCUUUCACUCAGGGCCAUCCUGUUUGAGAGCCAUAGAUCAAAACAGCUGGGGGUGGGGGCGGCAUCAGGUUUGCCCACAGGGGGUCCUGCCGAAGCUCUCCUGAUUGCUUUGUUGCUCUGGGCAUCAGUUUAAGCUGGCAGGUGGAUUGAUUCCUCCAGGUUGAUGGAUGAGUUUGUCUGUAGUUCUCCUGCAUGUCAGCACUGCAGCACGGAGGGAGAGCAAUUGCCGUGGACGUAUUGUCUUCCCAUCUUUGAUAGGCUAAAGCCAAAAAACAGAAUGAAAAAGUAUCAGAAGAAAGUUCUCUUAUAAGACUUUCCAAGCUCAGGAAUUUAAUUUUGGUUAAAAAAAAAAAAAGCAUGCAUCCUCCCAUAAAAAGUGGUUUGUGUGCUUUUUUUUAAACCUGUUUUUUAAAAGAUACUACUUGCUGCCCCCUUCUGGGAGUGGUAGGAAAUGGUUUUAUUUCAAUUAUUCUCUCCUCUUGUUGGGGACUUGUAGAAAUUCUAGGGCUAAACGGA